AUGGCCGCCCAUAAAAUUUCUGACGAAAGAUUCGCGGAGAUUAGGAAGGCUGUUGGUCCUCCUUUUGCUGUACCUCCAAGCGAAUAUAUGCGGAAUCUGGAGGUAGAGACAAAAAAAGACAACAGUCUAACAAAGUUCUUGGAAAGGGCAUCAACGGUGGACACAGAAUCCCCACGUCUAUCACCAAAAAAAUGGCUCGAGCAGCUCACUAUAGUAGACUUUUCAGACCAUGUCGCCAUAUCUGAUCAUCGUUUCGGCUUGGGUACUGAUUUCUUCGGCAAAUUCGAUCUUGUCACCGAUGACAUGAAUACCUUUGCUAUUGCACCAUAUCCUGGAGCACUUUCCACGGAGGAACUGCCGCUCCCUCAGCAUUCCUCCUCACCCGACACCAGCUUUGACGACAACGAUCCCCAUCCUUCACUACUUUCUCUCCAGAUUGGUGGUCAGCACGCGAUUCAUCCUGCCCUCGAAACUCCCACGACUGUCAUACCUUCAGUUUCCGGCCAACCUCUUCCUUCUCUAGUAUUGCCUGUCGGGAAGUUACAGAAGAGAUCCAAUGCAAAGACAAACAACGUCUUCCUUGACACUGAUUAUGUCCUUGUCAUUGAUGCCGUCGCGACUGAACAUCCUGUCUGGCUGAUUUAUGAUCGAAACCCGCGAGAUGAUUUGGGUGAACGAUGUAGCGUCGAUCCUGAUCAGCAACCCCUGGUUUUUAAGGGAGUUGGAAAGAACUUUGAUGCCGCGCAAGUAUUUCCAGGCAUUCAAUACUGGAUUAAAUCUUAUGGAAACCUUGACUUUACUGGAUUUCAAGAAGCUGUAAAGAAAACAGGGAUCAUAGCACCAGUAAAAGCAACGGAGCUGACCCUUUCGGAUGCUGCUAAGCUCUUCCAGCAGUAA